UUGUGUUUUGUUUGUCUUUGGUGGUCAGUCGUAGGUAUUGUUUACAUACAUUUUUGCGCUUGUAAAUUGCACACGAAAACAAAAGAAUACAAAAUCUAAAAGCGUAAAAUCCAAAUAACUUUUUCUACGCGUCCAUUGUUUGAAGUUCCUCUCUUUGAAACAACUGAACGUUCAAAUCGGCUAAUUAUUAAAAUGGAUCUCUUGAGCUCAAUAAUGAACGCAAUGGACAAACCACCUCGAGUGAAUGAAAAAGAAAAGAAAGCACAAAGAGACCAACAAGCCGCGUUGGACAAAAUCAAACAAGCCGAAAAGAAGCACCUUUCAGAGUUCAGGGUAAAAAUUGAAGGGAUGAUCAACGACUUCAUCAAAGACAGUUCCAAAUCGAAGCUUGUGUUUGAAACCAUGGACAAAGUGCACAGAGCUGUCGUGCAAGACGUAUCUGAUAUUGCCGGAAUGCCAGCCUUCUCGUUUGGUAUUGAAGGGGUUGAUCGCCACGUUCAAGUUUUUAGGAAGGAAACGGUUCCGAGUGAAAAAGUUAUUGAAGAGGCACGGAGAACAGGAAUGGCGGACCUAGACGAGGUGGAAGAAAUAAUCUCGGAGAGGGAGAUGGACGAGAAGCAGCAGCUGGAGUUGAACAAAACCAAAGGGCCCAAAGUUGUUCCGACGAAGGAUUACAAAGAAAAAUAUGAACAUCUGAUCGGGAAAGAAUCCGCACUUGACGCCGCAAAGAAAACCAUCACAAACAAGCAAUACGGAUUUGUUCCUGCCGAGAACAAAAAAGAUCAGCGGUCGAUUGAACAAACCUUGACCGACAUAAGGGAAAGGAAGCGCCAAAAGUUGCAUCACGGCGACGUCAGCACAGCUUCGAGCUCUAAUCAAAAUCCAGAUGAGUCUUAAAAAGUUUGUGUUUGUCCUCUAAAUUAUAUAUGCGUAUAGACUGCAAUGAUUGAUUCGUUGAAUUGUUUUAACUUCAUGUGAAAAUAAAAAAUAAAUUUAAACCCUUGAGUUGUGACAAAAAUAAAUCAUUGUC